AUGGCACCUGCGGCGCCUCCGCCACGCCACCGUCACGGCGUGGAGCCCAUGCUCGAGACUGACCAGGUGAGUUCGUCGGAGUGCUUGCUUGAUUGUCCGUCGCGGCAAGAACUUCGGCAGUUUGCGACAGAGAUCUCGGAGGAGACCGCUAUGGCAGUAGAUGGCACGGCGUUGGAGGACAUGAUGGGGCAGCAUUGGCCAGUGUUCACCGUGGUGCAGGCAACCGUCGUCAUCCUCCUGUGGCUUGCGAGCGUCGUGCGGACGCGGCAGCCAAAUGCCAGGUCUGGUCUGGACCUGUUCUUCGUGCCAGCUGGGCAGACUCUACUCAUGGCGCACCAGGACUGCGAGGACAGGCGCUGGGAGGCUUGGCGUUGGUUCACGUACCAGUUCACCCACGACAAUCUCGUCUCUCCCACAUGGGAUCUAAUUUGUUCAUCCUCUUGCUCGUGGGCAUCCCGGCAGAGUCGUUUCAGGGUGGCGUGCGCGUGGCCACCAUUUUCAACGCGGGGGUUGUGGCCGCGGCGUUCUUGCACUUCGGGAGCACACCUCACUCUUGGAUGUUGGGCAUGUCAGGCGGCUGUUUCGCUUUGA